UAAAUCCCAAUUCCUACACUAAUUCUAAUGCCUAAACCUAACCUUUGUUUCCUAGCCCCAACCCCCAAACCAGUGCCCACUCUUAUCCUCUAGCCAUGACCUUAACAUUAGCUAUAAUCACAAUUCCUACCCCAACCCUAACCCUAUCCCUAACCCUAAAACCCCAACUCCUAACUCUGUGUCCUUAACCCUCAACCCUGAAUCCUAAUCCUAGCACCAACAGAGUUAUAAGGUAGAGUUGGUAAAUUUCCCCUAGGGUCAUCCCUGGAAGGUUCUUUAUUUCUAUUUCUUGCCACACUGGGUCAACAUACUUUAGGGGCCUUGGACACGGCAGGCUAGGCGGCACCGUGUUCUUCUUGCUUGAGCCCCUUUGCCCCAGCUUCCAGGGUGGACACCCCAUCCAGGACCGUGUUCAUGGAAGACACAGGAGGGCCUAGCCAAUUUGGGGAAGGAGCUUAUUGGAAGGGAAUAGCAUAUAAGCGAGUUGUGUGCAUUUACCAGCCACUAGUGCUGGUGCCCACUAAAGUUAAACCAGUGUAGGAUUCUUCCUGUGUGGCAUGGGCAGAAUGCUGGACCUUGUUGAGUUGCAGCAGAAUCGACCACUGCCUAUAUUACAUGGGCAAAGAGACAGACUCGGACUGUAGGUUCCACAGCAGCCACUCAUUCACUGUUUCCAAUCCAUCGUGUAAUACGGGUACGGCUCGGUGGGAGACCUUUACGUAUGAGCAAGUGACUAAGUGCUCAAUAAGCCAAUCGCCAGCCUGUAAAAGCACACUUGGCACCCACCAUCUCCAAAUUGGAUUUGCCUUUGUUGGCUCGAAAGCUUGAAGCAUGCGCAAUAGCUCCCAAGCAGAGCGCCAGCCCUUAACCCCUCAUCUACAGAGCCAACUGGCGCAUGGAGUGUACUGCGCAGGCGCACUGAGCAGUGUCCUGUGAGAGCUCGAGGUUGGCCCAAUCAGUCAUCGAGGUGCGGCGCUGAGGGGCGGAACAUGGCGGCGAGAGCGGGACCUUCGACCGAGGAACCUGCGGGACCCGCGGAGCCGGCCAAGGGAGUUGAGGGAGCCAAAGGGCAGGACACAUCCACACAGAAAAUUGAAGACUUGAUGGAAAUAGUGAAAAAACUGCAGAAAGGAAAUCUUGAGCCCCGGAUUGAGGUGCUGAUUAACCGGAUUAAUGAGGUUCAACAAGCAAAAAAGAAAGCCAUUGAGGAGCUGGGAGAAGCCCGGAAUAUCUGGGAUGCCCUACAAAAGGAACUGGACUCAUUACGUGAAGAGAAAGUACAUCUGAAGGAGAUCUUGAACAAAAAACAAGAGACUCUGAAGAUACUUCAGCUGCAUUGUCAGGAGAAGGAAACUGAGGCACAGAGGAAGGAGACUUUGUUGCAGGAGUGCAAGGAGAGGAUUACUUCCCUGAACUUACAGAUAGAGGAGGAGAAGAGCAAACAGAGGCAACUGAGGUUGGAUUUUGAGGAACAGCUCGAGACUCUGACAGAGCAACACAAGGAUCUUUGGGAAUUUCAUAGGCCAGAGCAGCUGGAGAGGGAGAUUUGUGCCUUGGACAGCAACAAGGAACAACUGCUCAAGGAAGAGAAACUGGUCGAGGAGAAGCUGGAGGAUGUGAAGCAUCAGCUCUGCUCCCUGAGAGGGUCUGAGGGGUCCCCCACCCUCACCGAGGGACUCUUCCUCCGCAGCCAGGAGGCAGCAGCAGCAGUGCAGCUGUUCAGGGAGGAAAACAGGAAGGCUGAGGAGCUCUUGGAGGCUGCAGCCCAGCACCAUCGUCAACUGAAGCAGAGGUGCGAGCAGCUGCAAGAGAAGCGGCAGAGGCUGAAAGAAGAACUGGAAAAAUAUGGGGUUCAAGCCCAGGGCAUGCAAGAGGAAGGGGCUGGUCCACACGGGCUGGCCAGUCCCAGGGUCCUAGCUGUCUUUGAAGAGAAAGAUCCAGAGCUGCCCACCAAAGAAGGCCUGAUACCCUCCUAGGCCAAGAGCACACACAUUGCCCCAACCUCAUCCUGUGGUGCUCCAGGAAUUAAAGACAUUAUUUUGAUACAACUCA